CGGCCCGUCUGCAUGGUGGGGUAGAUACGGGCGCGGCGCGACAGAUACGGGCCAGUGGGACCCGAGAUGUGGUUCCUCGUGCUGCUGCUGCUCCUGGCCGGCUCCGCAGCCGGCGGCCGCGUGUCGACGGCCGCGUCGUCGACGCCGACCACCGCAGCCGCGGUCGCGGUCGAGGCCACGACCUCGGUGCCUUCACGGUCCGCGAGGGCGUCCGGUAGAGUAGAGACGGUGACCGGAGAGGUGGGGGAAGCCCCGCGGCCGACGCUGUCGCGGGCGGCGGUGAUGGCGGCGGCGAGGGCGGCGGUGGCGGCGCGGGCGGUGGCGGCGGCACGCCUCGCGGGGGCGGCGGGGGCCCGGCUGGCGCUGAUGGCGGCGGCGCCCGCCAUGCGCGCCGCGGGCGGCGGCCGGGCCGGCUCCGCGGUGCGCGUGGGCGGCGGGGGUGCGGCCGGCUUGGGCGGCGGCCCUCUGCUGCUGGGGCCCGUCGCCAACUCGAGUGAGCCGCGCUGCGCCAACGUCUCCAGCGUCCACUACAGCCUCGACAUGCUGCUGGGCACCUGGUACGUGGUCGAAGUCAUCUCGCCGGUGUCUGUGGGCACGGUGUGCGACGGCUUCCAGCUGACCAAGCUGAACGUGAGCCGAGCCUGGGAGGACCUGGAGGCCGAGGCGGUCAUCAUGAGCCGCUUUGGGAGACUGCCCGGAGGGCCCACCAUCUACUUCAACCGCACCAUGCUGGUGGGAGGCGGCGCGGGGGCGUCCAGCGACGGCCAGCACGAGCAGACCAGGGGCCCCAUGCUGUACGACCAGCUGGCGGUGACGGACUACUCGCCGGGUGGCCGCUACCUCAGCAUCACGGCCUGCCACGAGGGCCAGCACUGGACGUACGUGUACGGCCGCCAGCCCGCCCCCGCCGCCCCCGAGGAAAUUCGGGCGCUGCACGCGCGCCUCGCCGCCGCCGGCGUGUCCGUCUCCGCCUCUGGCACCACCACCACCACACCCACCGCCUCCACAGCCUCCACCACCUCCGUCGUGGACGACUCCGAGAACGACGCCUCCGGUUCCGGCAGGGGAGGGCAGGAGGCAGCGGGGGCGGCGCCGGCCACGGAGACGCCGACGUCGACGGCACACGACAGGACGCCGCCUCCCUGGUGGCCCGGCCUGACGACGCCCACGCCGACGCCGCUGCCCGUGUUCAACAUCACCGAGUGUGGGUGGUAGAUGUCCUGAAGGUGUCGCUUGGGCGAAAUGUUCCUUGUGUGCCCAAUGUCCUCGAGAACUGAUGUACUUAACCAAAAUGGGUCUGAGUUAGAAGGCAGCCCAAUCUGAGCCGGUUUUAGCAUCUCCAUUCACAAAAGACUGUCAACCGAUGAAAUUUAUUGCGUUUUCCACCUUAUACUGAGUAACACUGCAUGGUAAUAACUUCUUUCUUUAAGACUGAACAAGAUCAUGCUUCAGUUACGACACAGUUUAAUAUUUUUGCCCUGCCCAGAGCGCUAUGCAUUGGCCUGCAACGCUCACUACCUCCACAUCCUCUUAGAUGUCACGUAUAAGCAGAUUCCCUACUCAGUUCGCUAACUCUAUCAAUACACGUGGCUCCUUCUAACAUGAUGCCCACUGUAGUGAUUCCUAUCUUGUCCAUUCCACUCCCAAUCACAGUAACAUCACUCAACCAAGCAACGCCUUUUCGUCUAAAGCAGGGGUCUCCAAACUACGGCCCGCGAGGGCCGGCAAGCCAGCCCGCGUUAGGUGGCCGGACAUCCCCGGAAUCCGGCCCGACAGAUAUUUGAAGUGGUACCUACAGGGCCAACAAUUGAGUUUCGAGGCCUAUCGCGACCAACACACCGCGACAUUGUCGGACACAAUCACGCAACAGAACUAUCAAAUAUAUGCUCUGGCUCUGCUACUCGCUACAAGGCUACAUAACUAAACUUAUUGUUGCGCCGCUUGAAAUAACAAUGCGUUGACAUUCUCUACCUCUUCCUCUUGCAGUAACAGUGUUGCUAACAAUGAUUUUGAGAUUUCGUUAACUUUGCAGGACGCUUUCGUGAAGAAUGUGCAGUGACAUACCUUUUUUUCGGUGAAAUUCGCCAGAAUAAAAUACGCCAGAAUUUCGGUCAGGUACGUCCACCAAUCAAAAUUAUGUAAUUAAAUAAAAAUCGUAGUUCGUUUCAGUGUUAGCUAUUCCCAGAAACUUAGAUUUUUCCGAUUUCAUCUUUCCUUUAGCCUUACAUUACGGUGAUCAUGGAGUGCUAUGGUGCUUUAAUCCCAUUAGGUAGAUCAUGGCCCUUAUGAAUUCGUGGAGGAGUCAAUGUGGCCGCGGACUAAAAAGUUUGGAGACCCCUGGUCUAAAGCAAAUGAACAGUACAGCCUUAGUGUCCCACUCAGCAUGUACGACAAGAAAUUACAAAUAUGUACAAACAUUGGAGAAUUAACGAGUUUAGGGACACAGUGUCAUUGAGCUCAACUGGUAGACACGCUGAAGAGGCCACUCUGUUGGCAAUUUCUUUUGAACAGACGGAUUUACUAAAUCAAAGACUUAUCAACGACCAGGUGCAAUAACGUUCAUACUUAGCUCAAGUUAGGUGGCUCUAUCGAUGCGCCAUGCUCGUAGACUGUUGCAGUGAUGCCAGGUAGCCAUAUAGCAUGUAUUCUGCGCAUGCGUGGCCCACUUGACCAUCCCUGCCCCUGUAGCUUGGUUGCCAGGCUGCCCGUGGAUCAGCUACUUCCCCAACCCUGCCCAUUGUUGCCUCUUAUCACAGAAGGUGUCACAGGUUUUCUCUCUGUCUAUGUCCCACAACACACACACACACACACACACACACACACACACACACACACACACACACUGGCCGUGCUCUCUGCUGCCAAAAGGCUAUGCUGGCGCAAGCCUCAUGUCACGACAGGCUUUCUCCUGACUCACAAACAUUUCUUCAUGUAGCAUUAAAUAUCUUGUGUCUCACGAAAACCAAUAUGAACACUGCAGUAAGUAAUAAGCCGUCACUACACUCACAAUGAGAUGAAAAUCAAGUGUGAAUGUUCAGAGCACAAUCAGCAUAUGGACUUGCCACCCUGGUCUGGCUGAGUGACGCUAUUGGCUGGCACAUGACAUGAACGCUACUGUGCAGACACACCUUCCGUCAUAACACAGCCCACUUUCUUACACGCUCAUCCCGCCUAAAACACCCCCUGCCACCAAACUUGUUCUCUUCCAAAGUAAAGGCACUAAUAUCGACUGUGGUGCGGAAAUUCAGCAAAAUCAUUACACCAUCUUUCUUGGCAGCUAGUAUCACAAGCUGCUUUUCAUACAAAGAAUUUGCACCGAGUGCCCAAUAAUCAACUGCAUAACCGGUGAAGAUACAUUCUGCUACCCAAACUAAGUACUUAACAUCCGAUGAGCUGCACCAGACGUUACAUAGAUGUCCUAAAGACGAAUCUUACCAAAGAGGUAAGUGUCAACACCGUCGUUUGCCAUAUAAUGAGAUUACAUUGCUAGUAUUCACUACCGUAACACUUAAAUACUUUUACAUUGUAAACUUGUACCAUCGUCUAUCAAUCACAUAAAAUAUCGGCGACAUUUGCUUUGUCAUAUUAGAGACAGUAGUAAAAUUGUGGAUGUGUCUCAUAUUAAAUGAGGUUUCCAUACCACACUUGCUUAUCAGUACGUGCUAAUGGGACAUAUUUCGCUUGCCAUGAAGUGCAGCAUGUAACUUCACAGGUAAUGGCCAAUUCUGUACAUUCUCGCGUACAUCAUAAACCUAACAGGACAGGCGCUGGGAAGCUGAAAACGUUGAAGAAUACACCUGCUCUUGAAUUUCGACGGUUAAGCGAAUGGGAAGCGACUGAAAUAAUUGUGACUUGUACGAGUACUGAGUGAUAUCAAUAGCUUUGUGUCAUGUGUAACUACAGGUACUGUUUCCUAUAAUUUCCACUAUCUGGUAAUAAAAGAAGUAAGAAACAUACAA